AAGUUUUGAGAGUGGUGUGCUGUCUUGAGCCUGGUGAGAUCAAAAAAAGACGCUCUGCGCCUUUGGAGGUGUGACGGUGCUGCGAGGGUGCUUGAAGGUGCAACUGGGCUCUGUCCUUGGAAAGGUAAAGCGCCUGAUGUCUUGAGAGCGAGUGCAGAGAUGGUUUUUCUUUUCCUCUUUCCUUUUCUUCUCAACUAUUCUCGUCUUUGGAAAGAUGAUGUGUAUAAAAAAUUAUUUGCAAUAUACGAUCGUUGGUGAUGAAAGCUAAUAGUCUGAGGCAGUGGCACGGAGAGAGACCGACUGAUCCGUUCCUAUUACUGCUGUCUUUCCUUCGUUGUCGCUACUGAGCAAAGAGAAACAUCCAGAAAUCAUUACCCACAGGACGAUACAGUCGCCACCCUGUAUUCGCCGUUGUUCGUUCGUUUUUGUGCUCGUAAAUAUAACCCCACGUUCACUCUGAGAAGGAAGAAGAACAAGACAGUAAAGAAGCCAUCCAAAAUGGCGGCAGUCUCCUCGGUUCCGCGCGCAAGCGCCGACCCCAACGCAUGGAAGAAGAACCUGGCGGCGCACCUGAUCUGUCCGGAGUGCAAGGAGGUGCCCCCGAACCUCGAGUUCCCGGACUCGCAUGAGACGGUGUGCGGCUCCUGCGGACUGGUGCUCGCGGAUCGCGAGAUUGAUAUGCACAGCGAAUGGCGGACAUUCUCGAACGAUGACCAGAACAACGACGACCCGUCGCGUGUGGGUGAGGCGGUCAACCCGCUGUUGAACGGGGACCAGCUUGAGACUCAGAUCGCCAGCGGCGCCUCGGGCCGGGCGCGGGAGCUGUACCGUGCUCAGAACAAGCAGUCCAGUGAAAAGGCCAACAAGUCGCUGUUGGCCGCGUACAAGGAGAUCGGCGCGCUGUGCGACGGGUUCAACAUCCAGAAGAACGUGGCCGACACGGCAAAAUACCUAUUCAAGGUGGUCGAUGACGCCAAGGCGUUCAAGGGCAAGUCUCAGGACGUGAUUAUCGCGGGGUGCAUCUUCAUCGCAUGCCGGCAGUGUAAAGUGCCGCGAACCUUCACCGAAAUCUUUGCGGUGACGCGCGUGUCGCGCAAGGAGAUCGGACGCAUCUAUAAGGCGCUGGAGAAGUUCUUCACGGCCCAGAACCUGGAGCGCAUCAACAACGUUGUCUCGAACGGCGGCGUGCCGGACCCGAACGACACAUACACGGCGACCACCUCGACGAAGCCCAGCGACCUGUGCAACCGUUUCUGCAACCUGCUCGAUCUGCCCUUCCAGGUCACGAGUGUCUCAUCCUCGCUGUCAGACCGCGUCACGGCCAUGGGCGACCUGGCCGGGCGCUCGCCGCUGUCCAUCGUCGCCGCCUGCAUCUACAUGGCCUCGUACCUGAUGGGCCACGGCAAGUCUGCCAAGGAAAUCUCCCAGGUUGCCCACGUCAGCGACGGCACCAUCCGCGGCGCCUACAAGCAGCUGUACGCCGAGCGCGAGCGGCUCGUCGAUCCGGAGUGGAUCAAGGAUGGCAAGGGCGAUAUGAAGAAUCUUCCCGUUAGCUAAAGCCAACUACCUACCUACAUACAUAUAGUCUCCCUUUCCCUUUACCCUGCUUUACCCUGGC